UGCGCCGUGUUGAGUGUAACUCGUCACAUGUUUUGAAGACGCUGUCUGUGCUGUGCGUCAUUUAGGCUCUGGAUUGUACUGAACACUGAAUACUGAAAAAAUUAUGUCGUUUUUAGAGGACGAAUCAUCCGACGACGGAACCGGGGCACGUUCACAACUGGAAAGCUAUGUUUUUAGCUGUGAAUUAUCUUCCGAAGUACCCUUCUACACUUUUCAAGGGGAUGAGGAGGAGAAUUUGGAGCAUUUUCUCGAACUCCGAACAAUCUGCCUCGGCGAGGGAGCCAAAGAGGAGAACAAUGUGGUGGAAGUGACUGCUAUGAACCAUCAAGGAAAGAAAAUAGCCGUGCCUGUAGCAAAUCUUCACAUAUCCUGUCUUCCAAUGGUAAGCUUGGGGGAAUUUGAGUUAAUGGCACCUGUGACGCUGCGCCUGAAAUCUGGAAGUGGACCAGUGACUGUUAGUGGAUUACACCUAGUUGCUUCAGAGAACAAUGACGAGUCUGAAGCGUCCGAUGAAGAUGAGGACUCUGAGGAGGAAAUGCCCUCUAUUAAGCCAGCCAAGAAGAAACAGAAGCUGUAGAAUCACAAAUUUUAUAAAGAUUUCAGUACAUUUUAUAGAACAUGAUAUUCAAUAAACUGUUCCACAAGCAGUUACAGUGGACUGCAAAAUUUGAAGCUUUUUGCUCUUUUUGCCAAUUUUGACAAGUAUUGAGUGGAGAAUCAUGACCAGCUCAAAGUACUUUUUACUUUUGUGAUUUCUCAUGUGAAAAAUGUAUAUCUAACACCUCACACUUAAGAAUUGAGUUCCAAAAUGCUAUAAUUGCCAUGUUUUUGUAUUUAUAAUCACCACAAAUUAUAGUUCUGCUAAAUGUUACUAUACAAAACAUAUUCCUGGUCUUAUGUGUGCUUUAUAAAAUGACUCCAGUUCAUUGUUUUGGAUAUUUUGAAAAUUGGAUGGCCACAUAUUCUACAUUUGUGAAAAGGGACAUACAGCAUUUUGGAAUGAAACUGUUUACUUCAUUGUGUUUUUACAAUGUACAGUGGUUUUGUUUUGUUUGAUAAUCUACAGUUAAGGUAAAGGUUCACUGCUUUUGCAUAUUUUGGAUCACUGCUAGGCUUUGUCUGAAUAGUUGAAUGAAACUUCCUUUCCUUUCAGUUUUCCCAGAUUUUGCCUGAUCUAGUAUCCAUGUAGAUCCACAUGCUUGUCAGGCCUGCCUAUAUAUUUUCUGAGGCAAUGGACUACAGAUCAGGCAAAAUCAAGGAAGAUGAUAGGACAGAAGUUUCAAGAAGAGUCAAGUUUCAGGAGAAAUUUGGACGCAGCCCUGGUCGCCAAGCAAGGUGGAGACAUUCCAUACAUAUCACUGUUUUGUAAUUACUGAUAUUACAGGUUUUAACAGAAAAUUCAACUUACUGUACGUUUAUAGACAGUCAGUCUGUAUUUGCCUUAAGGAAGGUCACCAGCAGUGAUUUCUGCAGCUGUGUAUACGUAAUUUUCAUUUUUUUGAAAGACUGAUACGGUUGUGGUUUUGAAUGGAACUUUUUUCCCUUCUUUUACAUUUGUAGAUUUUAUGAAUAAACCUCUCACUGUUUAACAAA